UGGCAUUGGCUGGCACUGGCUGGCACUGGCUGGCACUGGCUGGCACUGGCUGGUACUGGCUGGCAUUGGCAAUUGGCCUACCCAGGCAAUUGGCCUACCCAUUCGCUAGCUCAACUGCCAGGCCGGUGCCCGUCCUGCUCCUUCUCCUCACUGUCGCCUUAGUCGCCUCCUCCUCCAUCCAUCCUGCUCCCCAGUUAUACAAUCUCGCCCAGUUGCGCCUGCGCGGCCAAAUCCGCUUACCUCGACCUUCUUGUUCUUUAAACCACCUCCAACCCGCCACCACAUCCUGUUUUCAGUUUAUUCCUGCCGGUGCCAAGUGGCCAGGUCCAGGAUCAACUAACUCAUCGUGUACACGAAUCUGGGCAUAUAGCACGCAAUAUUCAUAUCCGUCAGAGCUGUACCAUUCGCAUGCGAAUUCGCCGCCAUACAACAACACCAAGAACAAAAACAACAAAAACCAACAACUCACCACCUCUUAUCUCUUCAACAGCAUUUCGAUCCGGCCAUCAUCGCAUCUCAUCGCUGCCUCCGUCCCUCGCCUGAUAUUGCUCCCUAGGAAACCUCAACAUGCCUCCCAAGGGCUCCCGAUUGUCCACCGGGAGUGCCGGCCCCAACGCCGGCGUCCCCAGGCAGAGCGAGAGAACAGCCUCGGAGAACAAGGAGAGGGCAUACAUUGCCGCAUCCAGGAGGGGCGACCGCAGCCUCGAGGCCCGCGUCCAGUCCGCCUACGCUGCUUCCGAGAUCCACAAGCAGCGCACCGGCAAGGCCCUCAAGGUUUCCGAGCAGAUCGUCCUCAACGAGGAGAUGUACGAGGAGGAGGACGACCUGCCCGCCAGGUACUCGGCCCUGCUCAACAACAACGAUAUCCUCGCCAGCAUGCCCCGCUUCCAGGCCUAUGCCAUCGCAACCCUGGGCACCCGAGCCGCCGCCUACGACAGGUUUCCCAACCUCCAGCGGGACCUCCAAAGGGAGGCCGACGUCAACGCCCAGUUUGCCGAGUUCUUCGGACCCCGUGGCUUUUCCACCCGCCCGGCCGCCGCCUUCCAGACCCACGCUCCUGGCGCCCAACAGGCCCAGUCUUCGCCACAGAUGACCGCCGCUCCCUUCUCGCCCACAACCCCCUCCCACCAGCCUGCAUUCCACUACCCAAGCCCUCAGAACGCGCUCGGGAGCCCCGUGGACAGCCAUAUCGGCAGCCCAGCCACCGCCAACCCCAUGGCCUCCUCCAGCAGCGCCUUCCCGUCCCCCAGCUUGCACAUGUCUAUGCACCAGAGGAGCAUGUCCAUGGGCCAGAUGGACGCCCUGCAGAUCAACACGAACCCCCAAUCGAGGGCAUCCAGCAUCUCACCCGUCAUUGCGCCCCAGUCCGCCCAGGUGGCCGGGCAGCGCCGAAGCUUCGGAGAGGCCUUCCCUGAGACACAGUCGCCGGCUGCUUUCCGCCACGUCUCAGGCAUGCCAUCCCCAGGAAUGCCAGCCCCGAUGGGAACUCACCACCAGCAAAACAUCCAGCGCCGCAAGUCUUCGCAGACAGUACCAAUGUCCCCUGGCUCGCUCCAGCCGACCUACGGGUUAGGAUUCACCAGUGAACUGCCCGCUAACCUGCGCGGCAUGUUCCCCCAGGAUACCGACUUCGCCGGGUUCUUCGCCGGCGGCCAAGCCUCAAACGCCACCCAGGCUCCCUUCCAACUUCAGCAGCACGGAGAUCUGCUAGAGCUGCGCGCAAGGAGGCAGUCCCGCGGUCGGAACACCCAGCAGAGCCCAGUGUCCAAGAAGGAGUCCCCAGUAGCAGCAAAGAGCGACCACGGGUCAAAGCCAAACGCCAAGGCACAGGGUGCAGCAGACAAGCCUCUGGUGAAGAACGAGGACGCGGGAGAUGACCAGCCAUCCUUCGGGAGUGACCCACUACACCUCUACACCGGCAGCCAGCCGCUUGAGGCUGUCAAGCUCGAGACAGGUCUUUCGGAUGACGCGGUAACACAGAUAUCCUCGGAUAGUCUCGAAGGCAACAGCUUGGAUGCCAAUGACUUCCAACAGUUUUAUGCCACGGAUGACUUCACUACGGACUUCUUCAACACCACAUCUACUUACGACCAGUUUGACUUUGACUCAUACCUUCAGCUCCCCGCAUCGCAGCCGGAAGAUUCGACCUGAGCAACAGCAACACCACUCCCGGAACGAAAGCCUCAAAAGCAAAGCAAAACCAAAAUGUAACAGAAAAAAGGGUCACAAGCAACAGGACCAAGAGGCAUUCCUUUCUUCAAUUUGCUUUGUGGAGUUUGGAAACUGUGCUUCGAAGAUACCCUCGGGCUUUUCCAGUUGCGCCCAUCGGCACAUGCAGUCUUCCGGCCUGGACCCGGCCUGGACCUCGCGUGAGGUGUGGCCUUGUACUCUUAUUUUGGGCCUCAAGUCGACAUCCGGUGUCAUGUGGACCCGAGAACCGAUGAGGACUUACGAAACCUACGACAUUUGUGUAAUCAACUUUUUGUUUGAGGCGCUCCGCGCUCCCGGCGAACUGUUUCAUCUCGAAUCAUCCCGAACUGGUAGCGAAGAAAACAGCAUUCGAACCUUUUAGGGCAUUCGAAAAAAGGGAUGGCGUUUUUUUAUGAUGUAUGGGCAUAUAGCAUUCGAACCUUUCAGGGUGGUCGAAAAAGCAUAGCAUUUGUGAUGCGUGGCAGGCAUACAGCAUUCGAGCCUAUCAGGGCAUUCAAACAUGGCGUCUUUUGAUUAUAUUGGAUAGGACAUUUUCGGGCAGCGUCCCUUUUGACGAGGAGAAAAGUCAGGCAUUACCGGUGUUGGGAAGUUAUUUGUCAAAAUGUGUUGAGCUAUUUUUCAACAUAAUCAUCACAAGUUCACCCCUGGGCGGCAGGACAGGGAGAGUCCACGGCCGCGGGGAAAAUUGGUGCGAUACCAACGCCUCCCUCACUUCCGAUCAAUCAAAACAACAUUCUUUUUAAA